AUGGCUUCCUCCAGUCCAGCGUGUGAUUAUUUGUGCUGGAGAGAAUCUGCGGGACUAGAGUUAUUCUGAAGCAUCAGUUUUUUGUUUCAUAAAGCAGCCCGAGAUAAACAUGCCGGAGAACAGCAGCAGCAGCAGCCAGAGACUCACCGUCAUCACCUGCACAGCUCCAGUUAACAUCGCUGUUAUUAAAUAUUGGGGUAAACGUGAUGAAGAGCUCAUUCUGCCUAUAAACUCCUCACUCAGUGUCACUCUGCACCAAGACCAGCUCAAAACAACCACAACAGUGGCAUGCAGCAGGAGCUUUCAGGAGGACCGCAUCUGGUUGAAUGGAAAAGAAGAAGAUAUAAACCAGCCCAGGCUGCAGUCCUGCCUUAGAGAAAUCCGUAGAUUAGCUCGGAAAAGGCGGAGUGACGAUGAUCCCAGUAAUGACAUCAGUUUGUCUCACCGGGUUCACAUCUGCUCAGUCAACAACUUCCCAACAGCAGCUGGUCUGGCGUCCUCUGCAGCUGGUUAUGCCUGCCUGGUGUACUCCCUGUCCCGUUUGUUUGGGGUUGAGGGGGAGCUGUCGGGGGUGGCGCGGCAGGGUUCAGGCAGUGCCUGUAGGAGUAUGUAUGGGGGCUUUGUCCAGUGGAAGAUGGGUGAAAGAGAGGAUGGGAAAGACAGCCUGGCUGAACAAGUCGCAGCUGAGAGUCACUGGCCAGAGCUCAGAGUGCUGGUCCUGGUGGUCAGUGCAGAGCGGAAGCCUGUUGGAAGUACCUCUGGCAUGCAGACGAGUGUUAAGACAAGCCAACUGUUGAAGCACCGUGCAGACAGUGUGGUUCCUGGCCGUAUGGAGGAGAUGAUCAGUGCCAUCCAGAAACGUGACUUUGCAACUUUUGCGGAGCUGACCAUGAAGGACAGUAACCAGUUUCAUGCUACCUGUCUGGAUACCUACCCUCCCAUAUUCUACCUUAACGACAUUUCACGAAGAGUCAUCAGCCUGGUCCAUCGCUACAACCAGCAUUACCAGGAGACCAGAGUGGCAUAUACUUUUGAUGCAGGUCCUAAUGCUGUGAUCUACACUUUGCAAGAGCAUGUGCCUGAAUUCGUCCAGGCUGUUCGUCAUUUCUUCCCUCCAGAAACCAACGGUGGAGAGUUUGUAAAAGGCCUCUCUGUGGACUCUGCCUCGUUGUCUGAAGAACUGAAGAGAGCCAUUGGGAUGGAGCCUGUUCCGAAGGGCAUCAGCUACGUCAUCAGCACUCAGGUUGGACCGGGUCCGUGUGUGGUGGAGGAACCAAACCUUCAUCUGUUAGGCCCAGAUGGACUUCCCAUGAAGAGCACCUGAGUAUUAACAGGAAUCAUAACUGGCCUAAAGGAAAAAGAAACUUUAAGUUCAAGAUGAAAUACUUCAGUCAAAAUCUAUUUAAAAACAGAACAAGACUUUUAGUUUUUUUUUUUUAUUAUUGUAAGAUUUUUGAUUAAUAGGAUAAGAAUUAAGAAACUAUUGAUGAACUUGAUUUGUUCAGCUUUUGUAUAAUUUAAAAUGCAAUAAUGUCUAUUUACAUAAUGUUUGUAUGUAUGUAAUUUUGUGUAGAUUGUUUGAGUGUAUUUUUCUAGCUUUUUGAAAUUUGUUUGGUAAUGUUCUUAAAAUAUACACAGCUGUUGAUGCCA